GAGGAGGCUUAUCUGCUCCUUCUCUCUCUCUCUCUCUCUCUCUAACUUAACUGAGAAUUGUAGAGAGAGAGAAGAGAACACAACCGUAAACAGUGUUGUUUUAGUGAAAACGUUGAGCUCAAGAGCGGGACCAACCCGCCAUUAAUGCACUACUCUCUUUCCCACCUUCCUUCUCUGCCUUUCCAAUAACCCAACACUCUCCAAACUAUCCAUCUUUUACGUAUCAAACUCAAAUCAAAAGCUUUUUAGUCAACUUGCUCUGUUUCUCUUUGAGCUUAUUGUGAGCAGCCAUUAUUAGACCAACUCCAAAAGCACAAACCCACCUCACUCUCCUGUGUCUCUCUCUGAUUCGACCAGAAAAAAGAGGUCGGUUGUCGAUUUCUUUGUGUUCUCUCGUUCAUGGGUUUCUGCUUAUUCUUUGUUUAGAUAUAAAAAUCAACUUCUUUUUCUUUCUUUAUUGGAACCGAUUCAUUUGAAAGGCUUAUCUUUUGUGGAUGAUACCCAACUUUUGUUGGGUUUUGCUAGAAAGGCAGAGAUUUCAGAGAAAGGGUUGUUGGUUUCUACUUUUCUUGUGUUCAUGGGGGUCUGCUGGAGCGCUCAGAUCAAAGCUGAGAGCCCGUUAAACACAGGUUCAAAGUUUGUUAGUACUGAUGGCAGUACAAGCAGCAAGGUCUCAUCAUUUUCAGCACCUCCAACUCCUCGGACGGAGGGUGAGAUCUUGCAGUCAACCAAUUUGAGGAGCUUCAGUUUCUCUGACCUCAAAUUGGCCACCAGGAAUUUCCGUCCUGAUAGUGUGUUGGGAGAAGGCGGCUUUGGUUCUGUUUUUAAAGGGUGGAUUGAUGAAAAUUCAUUUACAGCUGCAAAGCCUGGGACUGGCAUAGUUUUGGCUGUGAAACGGCUUAACCAAGAAAGUUUCCAGGGUCAUAGGGAGUGGUUGGCAGAAGUGAAUUAUUUGGGGCAGUUCCAUCAUCCUAAUCUUGUGAAACUAAUUGGCUAUUGCUUGGAAGAUGAGCAGCGCCUUUUGGUAUAUGAAUUCAUGCCUCGAGGCAGCCUGGAAAAUCAUUUGUUCAGGAGAGGUUCUUAUUUUCAACCUCUUUCUUGGACCCUCCGGAUGAAGGUUGCCCUUGGUGCUGCAAAGGGGCUGGCCUUUUUGCAUAGUGCUGAAACAAUGGUGAUAUAUCGAGACUUCAAGACGUCUAAUAUCCUGCUUGAUUCGAACUACAAUGCAAAGCUGUCAGAUUUUGGCUUGGCCAAGGAUGGGCCAACAGGUGAUAAAAGCCACGUCUCUACUAGGGUGAUGGGCACAUAUGGAUAUGCAGCCCCAGAAUAUCUAGCCACAGGUCAUCUUACUGCCAAGAGUGAUAUCUAUAGUUUUGGAGUUGUCUUAUUGGAGAUGUUAUCUGGCCGGAGAGCAGUUGACAAGAAUCGGCCAUCUGGGGAACACAAUCUGGUUGAGUGGGCUAAACCCUUCCUGGCAAACAAGCGCAAGAUCUUUCGCGUCAUAGACAACCGUCUAGAAGGCCAGUAUUCAAUGGAUGGAGCUUAUAAGGUAGCUACCCUCGCAUUACGAUGCCUGUCCACAGAAUCCAAGCUCAGGCCAACCAUGGAUGAGGUCGUCAAAGCACUGGAGCAACUGCAGGAUUCUAAUGUCCCCACCAGCAAUCAAAGCCAUGCACACAGGAUGCGCAGGCGAAGUGCAGAUGACGCUAGCAAAGCAAGGCGUGCAUCUAUAGAAGAAGCUAACAAAGCAAGGAAUACUGUUGCUUAUCCUCGGCCAUCUGCUUCGCCCCUAUAUGCUUGAGCUGCUUUGUUGAACAAAAUAGCAAGAGCUGAAAUAUACCACUGUUUAUCCAGUGACUGUAUAGUUUAUUCUGGCUAAUGUUUUCAACCCUCUCUGACAAAUUACUAGCGGAGCUUGUAAAAUGAGCAGAGCCUGUAAAAUGAGCGAUGCCCAGAAUGUUGUGUUUUCUAAACCACCAAAUUGUAACAGUAGCUUGGAAAAGUAGGGAUGCAAAGUGGUUCUGUACGACUGAUUGGCCAUCCAUUUUUCUCUUGCGUGAUGGGGUUGUAUUUUGUUUCAUUUUUUAUAUAGUGGGUUCUUUGGCUUCCUUAAUCAGUA